UCACGCCUCUUGAAGAAUUACCCGCCAACUUCCAGACCAAACACCGAGCCACUGAGACACAACCACACACAUUCAUUUCACAGCGGACUGGGGCACGGUAUAUAAACUCACACCCCCUCAAACCACAGAGAACUCAACACAAUGCGCUCCAAGAGAGAACAGGCGAGGUGUUCGCCCUCCACCAGAAUGAACCUGCGCAGUUACAGGAGCACUGCUCUUCUUCCUAUGGAAACCUCUUCCUCCUCAGACGACAGCUGUGACAGUUUUGGAUCUGACGGUUUUGGGACCUCGAAGAGGCCGCUGAGACAGACGAGAAGCUCUGCUCCGAGUGAGAAAGUGUUUAAUAUUUUACCUGUGACUGAGGAAGAGGAUGCAUGCAGCGGUUUUGAGAAUGACCUGAACGAGGACAUGACUGAAAUGAAAAUGGACUCUGAUUCAGAGGCCUGUUCGCCUCCCAGAAAAACUCGCAAAUCGUUCACGCUCAGAGUAGCCAUGAAGUUCCCGAACAAACGGGCCAGUCCCUCAAAGCCAGUGUCACCUGAGUCUAAACCUGAAUCCAAACCUAAACCUGAACCCAAAGACCCUGAGUCUGACUCUGAGGGAGACAACUUCAUGCUGAAGAGAGCGCUGAACAUCAGAGAGAACAAAGCUAUGCUUGCUAAGCUAAUGUCAGAGCUGGAUAAGGUUCCUGGACUCAUUCCCAGGAAGGCUGCUUUGUCACAGGGCAAUACGCCUCGUCGUGUUCCCCGCCGCUCUCUGGAUGCCAGCGGCGCUCGCCGGAGAAACCCAGAGCGAACGUCCCGUCCUCACACACGCUCCCGGUCACUGGUGGACGGACCACCCUCCCCAGCUCCAGAGGAUGACCCGGAGGACAAAUACAGCCUGGUCCGCAGAAACAGAAGUGACGACGAUGAUUAUGAAGAAGAGAGAGAGCCCCGUCGGCGCAGCUAUAACAGCGCUCUGACGAUUCCUCACGUCGUGAGGCCUGUGGAGGAAAUCACCGAGGCCGAACUGGACAACAUCUGUGUCAACGCCAGAGAGAAGACUUAUAACCGGGCCACUGGAUCCACCUGCCAUCAGUGUCGACAAAAAACAACCGACACCAAGACCAACUGCCGCAACCCAGAGUGUGUGGGUGUCCGAGGGCAGUUCUGCGGGCCUUGUCUCAAGAACAGAUACGGAGAAGACGUCCGUGAUGCCCUCCUGAACCCGGAGUGGCUUUGCCCCCCGUGCAGGGGCAUCUGUAACUGCAGCUUCUGUCGAGCCAGAGAGGGCCGCUGUGCUACAGGUGUGCUCGUGUACCUGGCCAAAUACCACGGCUACGACAAUGUCCACUCCUAUCUGAAAAGUUUAAAGAAGGAACUGGAGCAGAGUGAAUAAUGAUCGGAGCGUAACUGACGAGGUCCUCGAGGGUCUUAACUGAUGUGUGAUUCUCCGAGCGUCCUGAAACCUGCUGCAGGUUCAGUUCGAGACCGUUAGGAGCUGUCUACAUGAAAUCCUUACGUUUGCAUUGUUUUAAAUGUGUUGUUUCGCAGAGGGACUGUUUUUAUCUCUGUACUGUAUUGGAAACUGUUGGAUGCAAUAUCUGUUCUGUUUGCUGUUUUUACCCUGAUCUGUAUGUUCUUUAGACGCUGUUAUAACUGCGUGAUGUACUGCUGUCAUACAUGAAUAAAAGUUGUUUUUUAA